CGACAGAAAAUAGUAAUAGGAAACGCUUAUUUUCAGCUCAUCUUUAUUAGUUAAUUUAUUAAACCGCAAACUAUAAAAUCCGAUUAAGCCGUUUAAAGUGAAGCGGAGUUUGGUGCAGUAGCGCUAUGGUUCCUGUAGGGGGCAACGUGACUUUGUGAUCGUCGUCUGGAGACGGUCGACGUUUUGGACUGAGUCGGAACCAAGGAUCCAGCAGAACCAGAUCCAGUGGAACCACGCCAGCGGUCCCGAACAGACCCAGUCCGUGGGACGUGUGGAGGGCAGCAUGUACCGGGGUCGUUCCAGAGGAAGUUACCCGCCGCCGGGGCCGCCGAGGCCUUACCUCGGCAGGCCCAGGCCCCGAGCGCCCUACCAGCCCGGCUACCCCGACCACGGGCCGCACGACUCCUACCGCCGCUCCCCACCGCGACGGCGAUACCCUUCACCCGGAUCCGGAGGCCACCGAGGCUCGGAUUAUUGGGCCGGAGCUCCGCAUCGAGAGAGGUCUAUGUCUCCACGUGGAGCAGUUCCUCUUAGCCACAACCUCGUUAUUACUGUUGGUAACGAGUUGACUGGACAGCCUGGAUCAGUCCCCUCACAUCUGUAUGACAGAGAUUACUCUCCGAGACCAGGAUACGAAAGGAGCCACAGUAGGGGCCGUAGUCCAGACCGGGUUUCAGCCAAGAGUCACGGACAUAGUAAGAGUCGACCCCGUAGCCAAAGCCGUAGUCCAGAUCGCAGUCAUGCCAGGAGCCGGGGGCGGAGCAAGAGCCGUCCACGUAGCAAGAGCAGAAGUCCGGAUCGCAGUCGUGCCAGGAGCCGUGGGCGGAGCAAGAGCAGAAGUCCAGUUCGCAGCCGUGGCGGGAGCUGGGGGCACAGCAAGAGCCGAGCCCCUAGCAAGAGUAGAAGUCCAUAUCGCAGCCGUGCCAAGAGCCGAGGGCGGAGCCAGAGUCGACCUCGCAGCAAGUCCAGGUCUAGAUCCAGAGGGCGGAGCUGUGGGCCGAGCUACCUUAAGCCAGUGACCGCCACCCACAGCAACAGCCGAGCAAGGAGUCGCAACUCAAGCAGCAGUUCUUCUAGUAGCAGCAGCACAGAACAAAAAGAGUUUAAGGAGCUGGCAAAGGCUCGACUGAAAAAGGAGUUGGAGGAGACAUUGAAUCUCCCCACCAAAUCCAUCUUGAAGAAACGCAUUGAUUGUGAAUCACCAUUGCUGAAGACCUCCGGUGCUUCCCAGUUGGCAGAUCAGCUACUGCAGGCUGUGAAAGGCAUGGCACCUCACACGGUGGUCGCAAUGCUGGACGAGCUGCGUUCUGAUCCACAGAUGGCUCAGCAUGCUGGCUUGGAUUCUGAGAUCAAGGAGAUCCUUGUUCUGCUGGAGGGGAAGGUGGCCAAGCCACAUGAGAAAGCCAUGGAUGACAUUGACGAUGAGGAGAAGUUUUUAUAUGGAGACUCUGAGGAUCCUAAACCUGUAGUGCCAUCUGAGCCUGCACCACACCACAGUUUCUCUGAGCUAUAUGGGGACAUGUCAGAAGAGGUGCUGUAUGGAGAUUUUCCACAGCAGAAUAUGAGUACCAUUCAACCAUGUGGUGUCCCUCCCAAAGCCUCCCCACAUGUUCAGAUGCCAGCAGUUGAGAGUGAAGAGGGCACGCUGCGCAUGAACAAACUCAGCAGAAGUCCAGAGCCUGCCUACCCUCCAGGGACAGAGCCACUGGAGGAAAGUGAACGCCAGGCAUUGGAGGAGUAUGAAAAGAUCCAGGACUUAUUGAAAACCAUUGGCCUUGAUUUGGGUGUGACUGAUAUCAGCAAGAUGGCUGCCAGGACCAAGGAGCGGCUUCAUGGAAGCAAGCCACCUCCAAAGACACCCACACGACGCAAGUGUCACUCCUCUGAGAGUUCAGACAGCACCAGGCGCAGCAAAGGGUGGGACAGGCGGAGUGACAGUGGUAGCAGCAGUAGCCGGAGUCGAGCAGGAAGCUGGAGCAGUGAUGAUGGAUGCAGAAAGAGCUCGCCAGCACCCAAAUCACACAGCGUCAAAGCCACCCAGGCAGAACGAAGUGACGGUGUGCUACUAUCAGCACAGAAAGAGUCUCUGGCACAAACCCCAGAACCCCAACCCAUCCCCACAGUGCCAAUAACAACCUACCCGUCCUCGGAGGUUCACGAGUUGAUGGCACCCAGCUACCCCCCACCAGGAUACAACCAGUAUGGAAAUUAUAUGGCUUAUGUGCACCAGCGGUGGUCACACUUAUACCCACCACCAAGCAUUGCCCUGCCACCUCAGACUACCCUGGAUAAGUUCUCUCCUUCCCUGGCCUACAACCAGUCAUACAUCCAGCCUGUACCAGAGGCAACACCCAAAGUGAAAUGUGUCUCUCAGGAGAACAAGAAAGGAAGUUCUAAAGUCAGCAACCAUGACAAAAUGACAUCUGAGGACCAGAACAACGAGAGUCAAAAACAAAAGGUUCUAGAGGAGAGAGAGAAGCUGAAAGCAGACAGAGAGGUCCGAAUGAAGAAGAAAGAUUACCUGAUGAGGGAGCUCGAGAGACUCAGAAAGCAGCAAGGGGAGCUUCUGAGGAAAAAGCGUAGAGAGAAGGAUGGACACAAAGAUCCGCUGCUUCGGGAGAUCAGUCAUCUUCAGGAGGAAGUCAUGGCUCAGAUUUCCAACCUACGCAAAGAGCAUGAAACUGCUGAGAAGAAAUGCAGUGAGAUCGAAAAGGUGGCACUCAUCCUCGGCUUGAGCCCUUCUGAUCGACCCAGCAAAACCAACAAAUUGGUGGAAGACCAAAGGGAUGAGACACACCCACCAGAGAAGAAGAAACGGGAACAUCAAUGGAGUCCUGAAGCUCAACAGGCACCUGCUACUAUCUCGACAAAGGUCGAAUCACAGGAGAGGGAGCAGAGCUCUGCCCCAGAAUCAGCUCCGUGUUCCAGGCCUCCUCCAGAUCCGUUUGAGUACUAUGAUGCUGGAAACCAUUGGUGUCGAAACUGUAACGUCACCUGUGGUUCCAUGUUUGACUUUUUCACGCACAUGCACAGUAAAAUACACAGAAAGACUCUGGACCCAUAUGACCGACCCUGGGCUUCCAGUUCGAGUACAGCAGCCAAGAAGCCGCCGUCAGCAGAGAACCUGACUAAACCAGCCAAAGGGGCAGAGUUCAUGAUCCCGGUCUCAGGGUUCUUCUGCUUGCUGUGUGAAGAGUUUUACGGAGAUGCCAUUUGUGCAGAAGAACAUGUCACGAGACACGCUCACAAUGAGAAAUACAAGAAACUAAUGUAUGAGGAUCCACUGUACGAGCAGAGGCGGAAUCUGGAUCGCCAGGCUGGACUGACCUUAGAAAUGAGUGGAAAGAAACGCAAACAUGAAGGCGAAGAGAAGGAAGAAAAGUCCAAACACAAGAAGGACAAGAAGGAACAGGAGAAAAAAACUAAAGAGGAUAAUAGUGAGAAGGAGGAGAAAUUAAAACAUAAAAAGGAGGAAGAUGAGAAGCUGAGCAGAAAAGAGCACUUGAGAAAUACAAAGAACCUAGAAGUGAAGUCUGCUUCCAACAAGACAGAGGAAGAUGAAAAGUCCAAAUUCAGUAAAAAGGACGAAAAGUAUCAGUACAGCAGAGAAGAGGAGGAGAGGGACAAACAUGGCAAAAAAGAUGAUGACAGACACAGGUACAGUCGAGAAGAAGAAUAUCAUUCUCGCAGUCGCAAGGAAUAUGACAAUAAAUAUGAGGAGCGGUCCAAGUAUGGAACCAGAGACUGUGAUAACAAGUACAAAUACAGCAAGUAUUCCGAUUCCAAACAUGCCACUGAGCGAGAUGAGGGAAAACUGGACCUCAAGAAGAAGACCAAUCCCCCACCAAAGCCCUACGAUCCACCAAAAAUCAUCUCUGGGCCCAGUCCAGCCAUGAGAGCCAAGCUCCGCAAACAGAGUCUGGAGAUCUCCAAACCAACACCGUCAGCCUCAACUUCAGUCUACGGGAAGUUCAACUGGAAGAAAAGAGAGAAUGUCCUAGCCAAAGAGGCAGAGAAAGUGGCUGCUGAGUUCAUCAAAGAUGAUGAAGAAGAUUUGAAGCAUAGCCCAACUUCAGCAGACCCUUUUUCCAAAUCUGUGGCUGCUGCAAAGGAGAUAGCUGAGAAGUUGGCAGGAAAGGCUACCAUGCCACUUUCUUGGGUUUCCAGUAGUGCCAACCGGGGACGCAUUCGGCCCAACCUCCCUGGCCCUGCUGCAGUCCUGAGGAAAACUGCUCUCAUUUGUAAACCUGCAUCUCUGAAUACCUUCCUCUCCAUCAGACCCCAAAAUGCUCCUGGAGUAGAGCCUCUAAAACGCAUCCCGCUUUUUCCUGAUCCUGCCCCAACAGCUUCUGCUGAUCAGACUACACCAGAGGAAGCUAAACCUGUUCCAUGUUUAGCUACAUUUGAUGCUCGGCCUGUCCCACCAGUGUCUGAACCUAUAUUACUUGAGUCUAAACCUGAUCUGCUUGGAUCUAAGGUUGCAUUAUUUGAGGCUAAACCUUUGCAGCCAGUGUCUAAACCUAUACAAGUUGAAGCUAAAGAUGUCCCACCAGGCGUUAACCCUGUGCCCCCACUUGAGGUUAAACCUUUGCCACAACUAGCUGCGUCAGGCCCACCAGUUUCUGCACCUUUAACCUCAGGAGUUAACCCAGUCUUGUCUGUAUGUAAACCAGCAGGAUCAGAGGCUAAACCUGCAGCACAGGUCAGUAAACCGACACAGCCAUCUGAGAUGAUGAUAAAAAUUGUGUCUGAUGUGGCAGCUCCAGGUGUGCCAGAAAGCGAGCAGACACGUACUGUGUUUGUUAAGCCUCCACCUUUUCUGAACAUAUGUGAAGGGAGUCAGAAAUCGGAAAAAGUCAAGAGUAACCUGGCUGCAGCCAAAGCCCAGGCUUUAUUUGAUAUUUUUUACAGUAGCAUUGGGCAGUCCGGACCUUCCUCUGUCACAAAGUCAGCAACAGAAGCAAAGAAAUCUCCUUUUGUAUCCCCACAAUCUGCAAAAGCACAACCUCAGUCUAGAGUCCAGCCCCUACCCCAACCUUUGAGUCAGCCUAAAGCCCAGCAGCCCCUACCCCAACCUUUGAGUCAGCCUGAAGCCCAGCAGCCCCUACCCCAACCUUUGAGUCAGCCUGAAGCCCAGCAGCCCCUACCCCAACCUUUGAGUCAGCCUGAAGCCCAGCAGCCCCUACCCCAACCUUUGAGUCAGCCUGAAGCCCAGCAGCCCCUACCCCAACCUUUGAGACAGCCUGAAGCCCAGCAGCCCCUACCCCAACCUUUGAGACAGCCUGAAGCCCAGCAGCCCCUACCCCAACCUUUGAGACAGCCUGAAGCCCAGCAGCCCCUACCCCAACCUUUGAGUCAGCCUGAAGCCCAGCAGCCCCUACCCCAACCUUUGAGUCAGCCUGAAGCCCAGCAGCCCCUACCCCAACCUUUGAGUCAGCCUGAAGCCCAGCAGCCCCUACCCCAACCUUUGAGUCAGCCUGAAGCCCAGCAGCCCCUACCCCAACCUUUGAGUCAGCCUGAAGCCCAGCAGCCCCUACCCCAACCUUUGAGUCAGCCUGAAGCCCAGCAGCCCCUACCCCAACCUUUGAGUCAGCCUGAAGCCCAGCAGCCCCUAUCCCAACCUUUGAGUCAGCCUGAAGCCCAGCAGCCCCUAUCCCAACCUUUGAGUCAGCCUGAAGCCCAGCAGCCCCUAUCCCAACCUUUGAGUCAGCCUGAAGCCCAGCAGCCCCUAUCCCAACCUUUGAGUCAGCCUGAAGCCCAGCAGCCCCUGCCCCAACCCUUGAGUCAGCCUGAAGCCCAACCUUUGAGUCAGCGUGAAGCCCAGCAGCCACUACCCCAACCUUUGAAUCAGCCUGAAGCCCAGCAGCCACUACCCCAACCUUUGAAUCAGCCUGAAGCCCAGCAGCCACUACCCCAACCUUUGAGUCAGCCUGAAGCCCAGCAGCCACUACCCCAACCUUUGAAUCAGCCUGAAGCCCAGCAGCCACUACCCCAACCUUUGAGUCAGCCUGAAGCCCAGCAGCCACUACCCCAACCUUUGAGUCAGCCUGAAGCCCAGCAGCCACUACCCCAACCUUUGAGUCAGCCUGAAGCCCAGCAGCCACUACCCCAACCUUUGAGUCAGCCUGAAGCCCAGCAGCCACUACCCCAACCUUUGAGUCAGCCUGAAGCCCAGCAGCCACUACCCCAACCUUUGAGUCAGCCUGAAGCCCAGCAGCCACUACCCCAACCUUUGAGUCAGCCUGAAGCCCAGUCCUUACCCCAGCCUUUGAGUCAGCCUGAAGCCCAGUCCUUACCCCAACCUUUGAGUCAGCCUGAAGCCCAGCCCUUACCCCAACUUCCAAGCCAGCCCCACCUUGAAACAGAGCCUGAAAAGCAGCCUAAUUCCAUAGAGAUCCACUCCUCCAAACCAACCCUACAAAACGUAGCCUUUCAGACUGAACCAAUUCCAGAAUCUGGCUUGGCUCCACCCAAAAUAACUGCAGAAUGCAUUUCAGUCCAGUCACAAUCCUUAGUUCAGAAAUCUGAGCCCCACGUUUUUCCACAGACAAAUAUUGCUAUGGUUGAGUCUUUGCCACAAACUGAGGAUAAACCUCAACCCAAACUCAAAGUGGUUCUUCAAUUUCUAACAAACUCGCAUCCUGUUCCACAAACUGAACCCACACGAGACCAGGAUUCACAGACCCUGUCCAUCCCAGAGACUUCCCUCUCCCUUCCUCCCACAGCUCGAGUACCACAAUCUGAAGCAAAGCCGGGCCCAAAAAGCAGGGGUAAAUCAACUGCGAAGAAAGUCCCAACCAAACCUAUCAGACAAACCAGAUACCAGACCCGAAGGCAACAGCUCCAGCAGAGUAAAGAAGAGUCAGACCCUGAGCUGGAUACAGGACACACAGAGUCUGCGGUACCAGCUUUAAAGGGACGGGAUCUGAAUGAAGGUUCUGUGUCUCUGCCAGAGAAGGGGAGCUCUCAUGAGGAUGAAGUUCAGGUUUUGGAGAUAACCCCUGAAGCACUGGGCCUUCCCUCAGACAUGACCUCUCUGGACUUUGACUAUGACUUUGAUUUUGAGUAA